UGCGACGACCGGCUGCUGUCGGACCGGUACGAGGUCUACUGGAACGGAUCCAACAGCAGGUUCUUCCGGGGCGAGUACACGGUGGAGGUGGCCAUCAACGACUACCUGGACAUCUACUGUCCUCACUACGAGUGGGCGGAGCCAGACGAGCUCAUGGAGCAGUACGUGUUGUACAUGGUGAACUACGACGGCUACACCACCUGCGACCACCACAGGAAGGGGUUCAAACGCUGGGAGUGCAACCGUCCACGGAGCGCCAACGGACCGCUGAAGUUCUCCGAGAAGUUCCAGCUGUUCACCCCGUUCAGCCUGGGCUUCGAGUUCAGGCCGGGACACGAGUACUACUACAUCUCGUCUCCUCAUCCUAACCUGGCUGGUAAACCGUGUCUGAAGCUCAAGAUCUACGUCAAACCGACCAAUGACUCGGUGUACGAGUCUCCGGAGCCCUUCCUGACCGACGACACCACCGGCGGCUGCAGCCUCGCUCUGCCACGCCUCUCCCUGCUGUCGGCCAUGUUGCUCGUCCUCCUCCUCAUCCUCCUCCUCGCCUCCUCAUAGCACCUCCUGCUCCUCUUCUUCUUCCUCCAUUUGGACAGAUCUCCGCCUGCCUGAAGCUCUGAGGAGAAACCCUGAGACAGGAAACAAAUGCAGCGUCCUCCUCUCCCUGACCUCCGACCUUCACCCGAACCUCAGCAGCUCAGCCAAUCAGAGGAGGCUUAGGUCGCUGGUGGGAGGAGCCAAGAGCUUUUUGAGUCA